CAGUACAAAGGGCGACUGGGACUUCAGGAGCUACCAGUGUCGAGGGCGGACGGAGAGAGAGGGGAAACGGACUCGGUCGACUCUUCCCGAUUGAAGGUCUGUCCCAUCUGCCUUCCAUGAGUGCAAGGUCUUCCGCCGCCUUCAGUUCUGAGCAGCGUUUUCGCCAGAACACCACCACCUCCUCUUCCUCUUUCGCAUCUGCCCCGACCGUGGGGGACCAGUGCAUGGAUAAAACUAGGGGUCUCUUCGGGGACGAGUUCGACAAGUCCUCAAUCCUCCACGGCAGCUUCCUGAGACCACGGAAUGAGCAGAAGGGAUUCACAGGUCGCCCAGGGAACAUGGGCAACGUGAAGACUCUGGGGGACAACUACCAAUUCACCGUGGAUGUGAGCGAUUUCUCACCCGAGGAUAUUAUCGUCACCACGUCCAACAAUCAGAUCGAAGUCCACGCGGAGAAGCUUGCCGCAGACGGGACGGUGAUGAACACGUUCACCCACAAGUGCCAGCUGCCGGACGACGUGGACCCCACCUCCUUGACCUCGGCCCUGGGCAACGAUGGCAUGCUGACGGUCAAGGCCAAGCGGCACCCCGCCAAGCACACCGAGCACGUCCAGCAGACGUUCAGAACUGAGAUUAAGAUCUGAGGGGAAGGUAGACAAAAAUGCUGGAGAAACUCAGCGGGUGAGGCAGCACCUAUGGAGCGAAGGAAUAGGUGACGUUUCGGGUCGAGACCAGAGUGAGUCCCAUUGGAGGGGCAGCACCUCAUAUUUCGCUUGGGUAGUUUACACCCCAGCGGUAUGAACAUUGACUUCUCCAAUUUCAGGUAGUCCCUCCUUUCUCCCUCCUUCCCCUCCCCUCCCCAGCUCUCCCACAGCCCACUGUCUCCGCCUCGUCCUUUCUUCUUCCCGCCCCAUCCUUCCCACACCCCCAUCAGUCUGAGGAAGGGUCUCGACCUGAAACGUCACCUAUUCCUUCGCUCCAUAGACGCUGCCUAAACCGCUGAGUUUCUCCAGCAUUUUUGUCUACCUUCGACUUUUCCAGCAUCUGCAGUUCCUUCUCAAACAAGAUCUGAGGGGAGAUGGCAGAGGGGUGUUGGCUUGUGAGGUGGAGCGGUGCUGGAUAAUGCUGAUGGUAGUGUAUUAGUAACACACAGUGCACUGUCUGGGCACUGCCUAUACAUCAUUGUUAAUCAUCAUCCUUUUAGCAAGAAAACACACCCGUGCAAUGGGAUAGUUUACGUUUCUGAAACGUUAUUUAGGGAUUUAAUUUCUCUAAUGCUCCAAUGCUGAUCUAUAAGUUGCAUUCUACAUCACCGCCUCUGUCUCUCGAUUCCCUCUCCCGCUGACUCUCAGUCUGAAGAAGGGUCUCGACCCGAAACAUCACCUCUUCCUUUUCUCCAUGAGAUGCUGCCUGUCCCGCUGAGUUACUCAAUAGACAAUAGAUAAUUGACAAUAGGUGCAGGAGUAGGCCAUUCGGCCCUUCGAGCCAGCACCGCCAUUCAAGGUGAUCAUGGCUGAUCAUCCCCAUCAGUACCCAGUUCCUGCCUUCUCCCCAUAUCCCCUGGCUCCGCUAUCUUUAAGAGCCCUAUCCAGCUCUUAGCAUUUUGUGUCUGUCUUCAGUGUAAAUCGGCAUCUGCGGUUCCUUCGCACACAUACAGUGAUAGUAUCCACGCAGAAACAAAGAGCUUCAGGUGCUGGUAUCGUCAACUGUUUCAAAUCCCCUUCCCGUUCCCGCACUGACCUGGGUCCCAAACCGAAACAUCACCCAUCCUUUUUCUCCAGAGAUGCUGCCUGGCCCGCUUGUGUUACUCCAGCACUUUAUGGCUAUCUCCGGCUUAUACCAGCAUCUGCAGUUCCUUUCUACCUGCUCUGACCUCUCUGUCCUGGGCCUCUUCCACUGCCGGAGUGAGGCCACACGCAAAUUGGAGGAACUGCGCCUCAUAUUUCACUUGUGUAACUUACACCCCAGCGGUAUGAACAUUGACUUCUCUAAUUUUAAGUAACUUCAUCUCAUACUCCCCUCCCCCCUCCCUCCUUGCCCCCUUCCCCCGCCCCAGUUACACAGUUCACCACAUUGUAUCUGUUGAGAUUACACCUUCCCCAGCCAACAAUGGGCCU